UCCCAAAUCAUUUGGAAUAUCUACUCCAAACCCAUACAAUAUGUAUCCAAUAAAACUCCAUCUCCUUCCUCUCCUCCUCGGCCUUGUCCUCGUCCUCCUCACUUCUCUAACUGAUGCCCGCAAUUACGGUGGGUAUCAUCAGCGUGGUGGCAUAGCCAUAUAUUGGGGUCAAAACGGUUUCGAAGGACGUCUAAAUGAAACUUGUGCUACUAAAAGAUACAGAUACGUCAACUUAGCCUUUUUAAACAUUUUUGGAGAGGGACGAGCUCCUUCUCUUAACUUAGCAGGUCAUUGUGACCCGCCAUCUGGUGGGUGUGUCGGGUUGUCUAGUGAAAUCAAAUAUUGUCAAUCACUAGGCAUUAAGGUUCUUUUAUCCCUUGGUGGUGGCGUAGGAAACUACUCAUUUUCCUCUAAAGAUGAUGCCAGAAAUUUUGCUAAGUAUUUGUGGGACCAUUACCUAGGAGGCCAUGCGGACUUUAGGCCUCUAGGAAAUGCUCCUUUAGAUGGCAUAGACUUUGAUAUUGAGUCCGGAUCUAUUUUAUAUUGGGAUGAUUUGGCCCGAUUUCUACAUGGAUAUAGUCGUGGGAAGGGAGCAAGGAAAGUGUACCUUGGUGCAGCCCCUCAAUGCCCAUUUCCUGAUAAGUAUUUGGGUACCCCACUAGAAACCGGACUAUUUGAUUACGUAUGGGUGCAAUUUUAUAACAACCCACCAUGUCAAUAUAAUGGUACAACUAUUAACCUUAUUGACUCAUGGAAUUUGUGGAGCUCUAAAAGGUACAUAAAGAAGUUGUUCAUGGGUUUGCCCGCGGAUACUCUAGCCGCCGGUAGCGGGUUUUUACCACCGAAUGUGCUAAUUUCUCAAGUUUUACCUAUCAUUAAGAAAUCGCCCAAAUAUAAAGGUGUUAUGUUUUGGUCAAAAUUUUGGGAUGAUCAAAGCGGUUAUACUAAAAAAAUUGUCAACUUUGUUUAAAAUAAUGUCAUUAAAUCACUUGUCUCGAGGUUGCAGAUAAUGUUUUUAUCGAAUAAUUGAUGAAAAACAUUUUCUGUCUUCGUACAUGGAUAAUUACAUGCAUUCGCUCUUUUAAUCUCAUUUAGGUGGAAAUCACUUGGUUGUGAUGUAAUAACAUGUUGUAUUGUUAAUGUAAAUUAAUGUUAAAUUUUGUUGUCAUAUAAUUUUUAAUUAGUGAUUUUGAUUAUAAAUUAAUUUAAAAUUGUAAGAUUUAAUUACA